GAUAUUCCAGCCAAGAGUAGGAGAAGGGUCGCCUGGAUAGUCUUUUUGGAAGCGAGGGCCUGGCACUAUUAGUACCCAGGAUUCUUUUCGCACCACGAAGAGGGGAAGAAAAAACUUACAACAUGGCGCUCCCAGUACCGAAAACUAUGUUCCAACACAUGCUCAAGGAAGGAGCAAAGCAUUAUUCAGGUCUUGAUGAAGCUGUUUUCAGAAACAUUACCGCUUGCCGCCAGUUUACGCAGAUAACAAGAUCGUCAUUAGGACCUAAUGGUAUGAAUAAAAUGGUUGUGAAUCAUUUGGAAAAACUAUUUGUCACAAAUGAUGCUGCUACAAUAAUAAAAGAACUGGAGGUUCAACAUCCAGCAGCAAAGAUGUUAGUUCUAGCUUCACAGAUGCAAGAGCAGGAGGUUGGAGAUGGAACAAACUUUGUUUUAGUUUUUGCUGGUGCUCUGCUUGAUGCUGCAGAAGAGCUCCUGAGAAUGGGUCUCUCUCCUCCUGAGGUGAUUGAAGGCUAUGAAAAGGCUUGUAAGAAGGCUUUGGAGAUAUUACCAGAACUGAGCUGCUCAGGUUUAUCUGAUGUGAGGGAUAAAGAAGAAGUUGCCAAAGCUCUUAAAACUGCUGUGGGAAGUAAACAGUAUGGGAAUGAGGACUUCUUGGCAAAAAUUAUCACAGAUGCCUGUGUCUCUGUAUUACCAGAGAAAGCUCCUUUUAAUGUGGAUAAUAUUAGAGUUGCAAAAAUUUUGGGUUCAGGUCUCCAUAAUUCAGAAAUUGUUCAAGGAAUGGUGUUCAAACGUGAGGUUGAGGGCGAUAUUAAUGCACUUCAGAAUGCUAAAAUUGUAGCCUUUUCUUGUCCAUUGGAUGCUAUGACAACAGAAACAAAGGGUACAGUUCUCAUCAGAAAUGCAGAGGAACUGAAGAGCUUCAGCAAAGGAGAGGAAGAACAACUAGAGAAGCAACUCAAGUCCAUUGUUGAUACCGGUGUUAACUGCAUUGUAUCUGGAGGAAAAGUGGCUGAGAUGGCCCUUCACUUUUGUAACAAGUUCAACAUUCUAGUAGUUAGGUUAACUUCAAAGUUUGACUUGAGAAGACUUUGUCGAUCUGUUGGUGCAACGAUACUUCCAAAGUUUACUACCCCAACGUCAGAGGAGAUCGGUUACUGCGACGAAAUCAAGGUGUCAGAGAUAGGUGGUACCUCUGUCACGAUCUUCAAACAAGAACGCGAAGAGACAGCUGUGUCUACUGUAGUUAUUCGCGGUUCAACUGAAAACAUCAUGGAUGACAUUGAGCGGGCUGUUGACGAUGGUGUGAACACAUUCAAAGCACUCACUCGGGAUGAUCGCUUUGUACCUGGAGCUGGUGCUACUGAAAUAGAACUCGCUAAACAGAUAUCCAGCUUUGGAGAGACCUGUGCAGGCCUAGAGCAGUACGCCAUUAAAAGAUUUGCCGAAUCGUUGGAGAUCAUUCCGAGGACCCUCGCCGAAAAUGCCGGGGUCAAAGCCACGGAGGUGAUUUCCAAACUGUACGCAGCCCAUCAGGCUGGGGACAAGAAUGCGGGAUUUGAUAACGAGAGUGGAGGUGCGGCAAUUAAAGAUGCAGUGAAAGCCGGAAUUCUCGACUUGUAUCUUGUGAAGUAUUGGGCGCUUAAGUUUGCCACAGAUGCAGCCGUGACAGUGCUUAGAGUUGACCAGAUAAUUAUGUCAAAACCAGCCGGAGGACCGAAACCAAAAGAUAACCCUAACUGGGAUGAAGACUAACCUCAGAAAAAGACAUUUAUCACGAAUGAAGAAUUAUCCAUAGCCAGCGAUCUAACCUAGAGAUGACCGUCGAUGAUUUCUUUGUUUCCGCCAUUUUUUUGUCGAUCCCGCCAUAUUCUUGUUUCUGUUCAGCUGUAAACCAGUCCUAGGCCGUCACCGAUGUAGGUCACGGGCAGAAUCGACCGCGCGGUCGAGAGUAAGGUACCAUCGUGUUCCGCAAAAUCCAUACUUUGGGAACACUCGCGCUCUUACCGCAAUUAUUCCUGCCCUUUUUUCGGUUUUCAUUGCGCGCUGUAUGUUAGAGUGGAAGAGUGCACAACUUGUAAGGAAGAGUUACUCGACUUCUUUGAAUCCAGGUCCGAGUGUCUUUGUGAACGUUAAGUUAAUCCUUAAACACAGAGUCGAGAAACGGAGCGGCAUCACCCUGGCUUUAGCCUAAAAUGAGGCUUUGUUCUCCAACAGAAAAAAGAUAAUACACCAAUAAAUACAGUGUGAACCAG